AUGACCACUGGUGACGAGGAUGCGGUGAUGGCAGUCCUCACAUCUCACAAGCAUCAGGGCAGUCUGGAGCAACGGAUGGAACAGGCCAAGGUGAAGUUGGAAACUUACCGAGAGUCCUCCUUGCUCAAGAAGAUGGCGCAGUUCUUGAAGGCCUUGGAGCCUAGGGUACACCAAGAGGGUUCCAUUCAUCUCGCCUUGCUUCAUCGGAAGGUGGCUUUGGGAAGGACGUCUGGGGACGAGACAGCCGAGGGAAAGGGCACCUCACCGUUCGAGGUGCGAUGGUUAGUCUUUGAAGCAGCUGCUGCAUUCAUGAUCAUUGCCAACUCGAUCAUGCUGGGUUGGGAAGUCCAGUUCAUGUCCAGCAACCUGGAAAUCUCGGCAAUGCUGACGACUUGCAGCAUUGUGUUUGCAGUGUGGUUUGUUCUGGAGGUGCUCGUGCGACUUCGAGUUAUAGGAUUUUGCCCGUUCUUCUGUAAUGAUGACAAUGUUUGGAACAUGUGUGACCUUGGAUUGGUCGGCGUCAGCAUUGUCGAGCUGUCCUUGAUCUUUGCGGGCAAUGCCAAGACGGGCCUGUCCACAAUCAAGGCAGUGAAGAUUUUGCGGGUCGUCCGGCUGUUCCGGGUGUUUCGGUUCUUCCGCCAACUGUCUACCCUAGCGCUGAUGGUGGCAGACUCCGUCAAGCAGCUGCUUUGGGCUCUUGUCAUGUUUUUGCUGAUCAUGUAUGUUUUUGCGAUAACCCUGACCAGCCUCUGCUCCGACUGGCUCAAGGAGCAGGUUGACUUCCAUGUGCCUGGCUGGGAGCAGAGGAUACUGGCUGGGACGCAGGGAACAGGCGUCAAAGAAGUGCAUCACUACUUCGGCAACAUCCCACGCAGCGUUUACACGUUGUUUCAGACCACGUUGGGCGGAGUCAGCUGGUACGAGGUUACGGACGCUCUGGCACACGUUGAUGUGUUAUCGUUCAGCUUGAUGUUCGCUUACAUUAUUUUUACUAUCCUGGCAUUGAUGAAUGUGUUCACAGGCGUAUUUGUGGACAAUGCCGUCCAGAACUCAAAGAAGCAGCGCAAGAUUCAAAUCGAAGAGACCAUUGACAAGAAGCGGACCAGUUUGGACCAGAUGGUUGAGUUCUUUGUUGCGACAGAUUUAAAUGGUGAUGGAGCUAUCAGCUUGGAUGAGAUCCAGUUCCUUCUGCAGGAUCCCGUAAUGAGCGCCUACUUCGACAUGAUCGGGUUCCGGCCGGGAGAUGCUGCACUUCUAGCAGAACUGCUAGAUCGUGAUGGCUCUGGUGACAUAACGAUCACCGAAUUUAUAGCGGGCUGCGAACGGAUGAGGGGCGAGGCAAAGGGCAUUGAUGUGCACAUGCUGCUCCUGGAGUGUUCAGUUCUCAAUGAGAAACUGGAUGCCUUACAUGAGAAUCUUACUGGGCAGCGGUUCUCUGGGGUCAGAAAUGGCUCAGUUUUUGGCGAACUCAAAAAGAGGUCGUUUUGUUCAUAG